AUGUCAACAAAUGAUCCCUUAACCAAUAAACUUAAUCCAACAACUUCUUCCACUUUAACUAUUAGAGUGAUAAAAAAUUUUGAAUAUCGAACUGUUAAAAAAAUUAAUACUACAUCAAAAUUUGCUCCUUUCCGUAACGUGAUUUAUGACACUUUAAAGAUUUAUACAAAAGCUCAUGGAUUCAAAAAUCAAAAUUUAGUUAUAAAUACAGAUCAUGAUGAAUGGUUAUUAAACAAUGAGAAUGAAACUUUGAUUUCUUAUGAUAUUGAGAAUGAAACAGAAUUGUCAUUUUUCAAUUAUGAAGCUUAUAAUAAUUAUAAAUCACAUCCAGAUCAAAAAUGGGAUUGA